AUGGGUGACAAUCUGGUUUACGCAGUGCGUGGAAGCAGUGGCCUUUCGUUGAGACGUGGACUAGGACCUGACUCUACUACUCUUUUCGAAGAUAAGGAAAAUCCGAAGGAGAACCCAUGUAGUGCUUUUCAAUUCAGCAAUGAUGGGCGUAUCUUCGCCUACUGCGAUGGACGAAAGACUCGCGCUUUCGAGGUAGCUUCAGGAAGAGAGAUAGUGAAUGUAGAGCUGAGAAGAACUAAGCAUAUUCUCUUCUCUCCUCGCGACACCCACAUGAUCACCUACGAACCGUACGCAAUCUAUGGACAGAAGGUCCGUUUCGACUAUCCAGAAUUAUGUUGCUGUCGUUACAUCGUGGGAAAACGGUUGUUAUUUCUAUUGAAGGUAUCUGCGGACCAGAAGCCAGAACCAAAUUUGCAUGUCUAUAGUAUCGCGGACGGCAGUUGCAUUACCACUGUUGUUGCGACGAAAGAGGCUACAUGGAUGCCACAGUUCUCUGACGACGAGAGCGUUGCUGCUCGCCUUGUUGGAAGCGAAUUACUUCUUCAUAAAGGAUUCCAAUUUGGUCCUUAUUGUGUUCUUUGCAUCUACUUUUGUGUGGUUUCAGAUGACUACUACCAAAAAAUUAUCGUGCCCAACACUAAGGUAUUCGCCGUCAGUCCAGGUCACUCACCUCAUCACGUGGCGUGUUAUACAUCGGCAUUUGCAGUAUGUCUGUCUUUUACGUUUCCCACGCAUUCAUUUUGUAAUAAGUUCUUUUUUCAGUCAUCACCAGGACGUGUCGAAGUUCGUACUCUUAAUCCUCCAUUUGCACUGAUUACUGCGAAAAACUUCUUCAGGUCGGACAGAGCCAUUUUGCAGUGGAAUAGUAAAGGAAGUGCCGUUCUAGUGUUAUCCAGUACUGACGUCGAUGCUUCAAACCAGUCAUAUUAUGGAGAACAGCAUAUCUACCUAUUGAAUGUUACUACACAAGAAUCUUUCAAAGUCGAUCUACAAAAAACGGGUCCUGUUCACGCUGCAAAGUGGAAUCCUAAUGGGAAAGAGUUCUGCGUUUGCUACGGUUUCAUGCCGGCCAUGGUAAGCCUGUUCAACACUCGUGGAGACGAAAUGUUUCGUACAAAUGAAGGUCCACGUAAUGAUGUGUUUUACAAUGGAUUCGGAAAUUUGUUGUUAACAUGUGGUUUUGGCAAUCUUGGUAAAGGAAAAAUGGAAUUCUGGGAUGUGGAGAAAAAGAAGCAGAUAGUGGCUAUUGAAGUUCCGAACACAACAUUAUUUGAGUGGGCACCAGAUGGUCAACAUUUCCUCACGGCUACCACUACUCCACGUCUACGCAUAGAUAAUGGAUACAGAAUGUGGCAUUAUUCUGGGAAGUUGAUCAAUGAAGUUCUCUGUGAAUCGUCAAGUGAGGAACUAUGGGAGGUCAAUAUAAUUCCUCUUACUCCUAUUAAUAAGCUUGCAAUAGUCAAAUUUCGCCCAAUGCCUAGUUACAAUAAGUUCGAGGUAAGGGAGCUCACAAAAGCAGAAUUGGAGUCCGCCGGUUUGCUAAUCAAGAAGAAGGAUUCUACCGACCCCAACAAUAAACAGCCAGUUGGAGCGGCAAAGCCAACAGCGGCCUACGUUCCCCCGCAUCUUCGUAAAGGUCAAAGUGCAAAUGCAAGGAGCCCUAUCACGCCUAAACCAGUAACUGCUGUAAAGAUGACGGAAACUGAGAAGAAGAUUUUCGUUAUCAAGAAAAAGCUGAGAGACGUUGGCGUGCUUAAGGCUCGGCUUGCAAACGGCGAGGAGUUGCAGACAAGCCAGUUGGAAAAAAUCGCGAAAGAGCCUGAGUUUCUUGCUCAGCUCACUGCACUUGGAGGUGCCCUAUAA